UCUACCCUCGAUUUCUUCAAUCCUUUCCAUAUUUCACUUCUUCAAGAUACUUCCUUUCAUUCAAUCUAUCCCCUUCUCAUUUCCUCCAAAAGCCCUCCUCCAUUUCUCUCUCCUUAUCUUCAAUCUCCAUUUCCAUGGCUUUAUCAGCUACUUCUUCAACAAUUUCAUACCAAUCUCUUCACAAUCUUCACCAUCCACAACAACCCUUUUCUCCUCUUCCAAACCCCACUUUCCAUCUCAAAAAACUCACUUUUUCUUCAUCUUUUACCCCAUCUUUCAACCUCAAAUCAUCACCUUCCAAUACUCAUUACUCCCAUGGCCGUGUCUUCACAGUUCGUGCUGCCAGGGGUAAGUUUGAAAGGAAAAAACCCCAUGUAAAUAUAGGCACAAUUGGGCAUGUUGACCAUGGAAAGACUACCCUUACUGCAGCCCUAACAAUGGCGCUUGCUUCAAUGGGUAAUUCUGCACCAAAGAAAUACGAUGAAAUUGAUGCUGCACCUGAAGAACGAGCAAGAGGUAUUACUAUUAACACUGCUACUGUUGAAUAUGAAACUGAAAAUAGGCAUUAUGCUCAUGUUGAUUGUCCUGGUCAUGCUGAUUAUGUAAAGAAUAUGAUUACUGGUGCUGCACAAAUGGAUGGUGCUAUUCUUGUUGUUAGUGGGGCUGAUGGCCCUAUGCCACAAACGAAAGAACAUAUUUUGUUAGCUAAACAAGUGGGUGUUCCUAACAUGUGUGUCUUUUUGAAUAAACAAGAUCAAGUAGAUGAUGAAGAACUUCUUCAAUUAGUUGAGCUUGAGGUUAGGGAAUUGUUAUCUAAUUAUGAUUUUCCUGGUGAUGAUAUUCCUAUUAUUGCUGGUUCUGCAUUAUUAGCUCUUGAAGAAUUGAUGAAAAACCCUAAUAUUAAGAGGGGUGAAAAUGAAUGGGUUGAUAAAAUUUACAAACUUAUGGAUGCUGUUGAUGAAUAUAUUCCAAUUCCUACUAGACAAACUGAUUUACCCUUCUUGUUAGCUGUAGAAGAUGUGUUUUCGAUUACGGGUCGUGGGACUGUGGCUACUGGGAGGGUUGAAAGAGGUACUGUGAAGGUUGGUGAAACUGUGGAUAUUGUAGGAAUGAGGGAAACUAGGAAUACUACUGUUACUGGUGUUGAAAUGUUCCAGAAGAUUCUAGAUGAAGCAAUGGCUGGUGAUAAUGUUGGAAUUUUGUUGAGAGGUAUUCAGAAGAUGGAUAUUCAGAGGGGUAUGGUUAUUGCUAAGCCUGGAACUAUUACACCUCACACCAAGUUUUCAGCUAUUGUGUAUGUGUUGAAGAAGGAAGAAGGCGGUAGGCAUUCGCCAUUUUUUGUUAAUUAUAGGCCUCAGUUUUACAUGAGGACUACCGAUGUGACGGGUAAGGUUUCAAAGAUUAUGAACGAUAAGGAUGAGGAGUCUAAGAUGGUUAUGCCUGGUGAUCGGGUUAAGAUGGAAGUCGAGCUUAUUGCUCCCGUUGCUUGUGAGGAGGGAAUGAGGUUUGCUAUUAGGGAAGGUGGAAAGACUGUUGGUGCUGGUGUGAUUCAGGCCAUUAUUGAGUAGUGUUGUGAUAAUAGUAUUAGUGAGUAUGAUUUGAAUAUAUUUUUGUUGGGGGAGUGGGGGUUUUGCUCAUUUGGUUAGGGAGCUUUUGGGGUAUAAUGAGAUUGGGGCUAAGCUGUAAAAUUUCCCCCCUUUACUUGUUUUUUUGGGGAUUAGGGUUCAAACAUUUGAGUAUUCUGAUGAAUGUGCAAUUUAAUUUACACCUUUACAAGUUUAA